GUAAAAAAAAUAACGGCGAAGAUUCUAAGAGGCGCGAAAUUGGUGUAUGUUACUUUAUUAACUUGGUUUUUUUAAAUCAUAAUCUUAUUACUUAUAAAUGAUAUUAUAUUUCCGAGAAUCGCAAACCAAAGAUGUCUAAGGAUAUUCGAUCGUUUUUUAAGCCCCAGAAAAUGAAAAAACCAAGAGCAGAAGAUGAUGUUGACGUUAUACCAGAAUCUCCUGAUGUGGCAAUUAAGAUCAAGAAGAGAGAAAAUAGAAAGAAACGAGUGUUGAGUGACUCGGAUGAAGAAAUAUUUUCUACAAAGAAGAAAAAGUCAAAUGAAGAUAGUCAUAAGACAUCGCUGAAAUCCAAACAUAAGGCCCUUGCUAAAACAGAACUGAAAGAAGUUAAAGCAGCUGACAUCUUUGGCAGUGGACCCAUUAAAAGAACAGAGCCAAAUGUAAAAUCAGUCCAAAAGAAAACUGAAACUGGUAUUCAUUCAGAUGAUGAUUUUGAUAAAAGCCUUUUGGAACUUGAUAGUACUGAAGAAUUAGCUCUGAAUAAUGUUAAAAAGGAAACUAUCCCUGUUAAGUCUCCCAAUGACAAAUCAAACAUUACCCCAAAUUCAACAAAAACUAAUACUGAUAUCAAAAAAAACAAAUCGCUGGAAAUGAACACUUUUAAUGGAAAUGGGAGUUUGUCUGCAGAAAACCAUGAAUCAGAAGCCGUUUCACCAAAAGCAAAAAAGGGGCACCUUGAUUUAGCAUCAGGGAAUACAUAUGAAUCAAAGCAAAAUAUAAUCACCAAAUCAAAGUCAAAGGCGAGUAAUAGUACUAAUGAGAAUGCAUCUCCAAAUGAUAAAGAUAUUUUUGAAGCAACAGACUUCGAACUAGAUUCAAGCCAAGUAAAAAGCAAUAAGAAACUUGAGAAGAGCCUAAAUGAGUCUGUUGUUACUGAUGAAGAGAGAUAUGAACGUAAACGACAUUCUGCAGCUUUGUACCAAAAGUAUUUGAACAGGUGUGGACCUAAACAUUUGGGAGCUAGAACCAUUCCAGAGGGUACACCAAAUUGCUUAAAAGAUUGUGCCUUUUUGUUAACUGGGGUGUUGGACUCCUUUGAAAGAGAUGAGGUGGCUGAAGCUAUUACGAAACUGGGUGGAACUAUCAAAAACUCUAUCAGCAAAAAGGUAACACACGUGUUGGCUGGAGAGGACGCGGGUCCGGCGAAAAUAGCGAAAGCUCGAGACCUAGGAAUUAAAAUAAUAAAUGAAAAUGAGUUUCUGGAAUUGAUGGUGGCUUUGUCUAAAGGAAACACGACUGAGAAGACGAAAAACAAAGAUGAUAUCAAAAAAGAAAAAAAUCCGAUUCCGAAAUCAAAUAAGGAAAAACAACAUACAGUAAAUAAAAAUAAUCAUAAAUCUGACACCAGUACAAGCAAUCAGAAAUCUAUAAAAGUUAAAACUAGCCCAAAAGUUAAAAACAUCAAAAGAGACAUUGUAGAUGUAAAAGUAAAAAAAUUGGAAGCUGAUAAAAAUGGAAACAGGUCUACUGAGCCAGAAAGUAAACCCAAAUUAAGUACUAAUAUACCUGAAAGUAAUAUAAAAGUGAAUUCUACUAAUGAUUUACAGGUCAGCUCAACUACAAAACCGGCAACUGUUUCCGUGCAGUCUGCAAUGUGGGUGGAAAAAUAUAAACCACAAUCACUCAAACAAAUUAUUGGUCAACAUGGGGAAGCUAGCAACGUUAAAAAAUUAUGCAACUGGCUUUCUAAAUGGUAUGUAAAUAGAAAAGCGAAAUUACCAAAGCCUAGUCCGUGGGCGAAAAACGAUGACGGAGGAUAUUAUAAAGCAGCUUUGCUGUCGGGACCUCCGGGCGUUGGUAAGACGACGACGGUGACAUUGGUGUGCAAAGAGCUCGGGUUCGACGUGGUGGAGUUUAAUGCCUCCGACACCAGGAACAAGUCCCUAAUAAAGGAACAGAUCAGCGAGUUGUUGACCACUACAUCCCUUUCCGGGUAUGCCAAGGGAAUGAUGGGCAAGCAAGCUGUUUCAAAGAAACAUGUUUUAGUAAUGGACGAAGUUGACGGUAUGGCUGGCAACGAAGAUAGAGGCGGUCUCCAAGAGUUGAUAAGUCUCAUAAAGUCAGCAUCCGUACCUAUCAUAUGCAUGUGCAAUGAUAGAACCACUCAGAAAAUGAGAUCUCUCCUCAAUUAUUGCUACGAUUUGAGAUUUAGCAGGCCUCGAGUUGAUCAAAUAAAGGCGGCGAUGAUGUCGGUGUGCUGCAAGGAGGGCAUCAAAGUGUCCGGCGAGGCGCUGUCACAGCUGAUCGUGGCCGCCAACCAGGACGUGCGCCAGACGCUCAACCUGCUCUCCAUGUGGGCCGUGGACCGCGGCCGCGCCGACGCCGACACCCUCGUGAGAGACGCCUCGCAAACUAAAAAGGAUAUCAAACUGGGGCCUUGGGAAGCCAUACGCAAGGUGUUCUCUGCGGAAGAACAUAAGAGCAUGAGCAUUCACGACAAAAGUGAUCUGUUCUUCUACGACUACAGCCUCGCGCCGCUGUUCGUGCAGGAGAACUACCUGCAAGUCGCGCCACACUGCCCCAAGCAUGAGGUGCUGGAGCGGGUCAGCAGGGCAGCCGACAGCAUCAGCGUGGGAGACCUCGUCGAGGCGAGAAUUCGCGGCACCCACGCCUGCUGGACCCUUUUGCCUAUGCAGGCGAUGUACAGCUCAGUGAUCCCCGGGCACUCGAUGGCGGGCCACGUCACCGGCCAGAUACAGUUCCCGGGCUGGCUCGGCAAAAACUCGCGCAAGAACAAGAUGCACCGUCUCUGCCAGGAGAUCCACGCGCACACCAGGCUGAGCACAUCUGGUUCGAAGUCGUCCAUAUUCCUGGACUACUGCACGCACCUGCGCGACGCCAUAGUGACGCCUCUCAUCCGAAACAAGAACGACGGCAUCGCGCACUCCUUGGAAGUACUCGAGGCGUACCAUCUCUUAAGAGACGAUUUGGAAUCCUUGACUGAAAUGUCACUAUGGCCAGGCCAAAGGAAUCCAAUGAUUCUUAUAGAUUCGAAGGUAAAAGCGGCAAUGACCCGCACAUAUAACAAGAAAGCGAUGGCGCUGCCGUACGCGCCGGGGCAGGUGAAGCGCGCGCGCGCCGUCGACGCCACCGUCGCGCCCGCCAACGACGACGAUCACGACGACGAAGAUGACAGCGACCCCGAGAAUGACCUUCUCAUUAAGAAAAAAAAGAACAAUGAGAAAACCGGAGGUAAAAAAGAUGAAGCUGGUACAAUAAAAGACAACGCUAGCUCGAGCAAAGGCAAGACAAAGAAGACGUAGUUAUAUAACUAUAGUAAACACUCCAUAGUCCCGCCUGACAAUACGCGCGCCCAUUCCAGCAAUAUCAUAUAAUGUAUUGUAUUUCGGGCCGAGUUACUGAUUCAAGUGAUUCAUCUAUAGCUAUCAUGAUCUAUUUUACGAUUGACCACUAACAUUUGGCUAGUUCAUGAAGUAGUUGUGGCAUUCAUUAUUUUUAUUGGUUAACGCCGGUUUAUUGUAACCAGACUACAUUAAGUUGGAGCCAGCUACUUCAUAAACUGCCGGACAGAUCAAGAGAUGGCAAUAUGGGUGGCCUAACCAUUGGGCAGAGGCCCACCUGAUGAAUACCAAUGCUUAAGUGUCUCAAAUUCAAAUAAAUGUUCACGACAUAAUGUUCGCCUGUAAAACAAGUCAAAUUAAUCCUGAAGGGAUGAGCGCGGAAUAAUCUCCAUAUUUAACUUUUUUCACUAUGUACGUAUUCCCCGAUUUUAAGGGCGCGAAGUGUAAAAUUUCAGUUUUGUGUUUUCUAUUAAGACAGACCUAUCAACGUCACACAGCGGAACACUAUUAAACAACUACAACGCGCAACGGAUCCACUGAACGGGUCCGCACCUGUUUACUGGAGUCUGGUCUCAAUCCCAAGUUUACAUUUUCGACUUGGGUCACAAAGUCGCCUACCCUACCCUUCAACGCACACGGCCGUCGGCCGCUAUUAGUUGCGUUAAUACGGCUUUCUUGGAACCAAAGGUUUCCUUUGGCAGAAUUAAUCUUCGGCGACGUCUGAGGUUAAUAACUGUUCUAAGUCACGUUUGGUAUCAUUUUCAACUAAAACAAAGAUGUAGAUCAUACCAAAUUUCAUCUAAAUCGUUUCCGCGGUUAUUGAUUCCCCUUACAAACUUCCACUCCCUUUUUCAAAAACUAUCCUAUGUCCUUUCCCGGGGCUCAAACUAUCUCUACCAAAUUAAUUUAACUAAAUUAAUUCAGCGGUUUAAGAGUGAAGAGGAAUUAAAAAAUAGUACAUUUCGAUGCUAGUGCGGAAAGUAUAUCAUUACAUCACGAGUACCGAGAUAUCGACGACGAGGACGAGUGAAGAAUGACAUUUCCGCGCGUGUAUCGAACGACGUUUUUUAAUACAGUUGCGAAAAAUAAGAAAAACAACAUGUAAGGAAUUCGAAAUUUUUAUAUUAUUAAUUAUGUGACAUCAUUGACUUUGACAUUAUGAAGAAGUGUUUUUUAGCUGGGUGUUAUUAUUAUUGAACCCACUUCAAUGAAAGUUUUUUUUUAAAUGCAUGUUCUAUAAGACAAAAACAAUUGUAAAUAUAAAACAUUGUACUAUUAUUACCCAAAUUUCGUUAAUUACGAUUAUUUGUGUGUCGUACAUUUAUAAAAACAAUAUCGAAUGUUGCCUUUGGAAACUUACAGCAGAAAGAAAAAACGCCUCUUCUUUGACAAGCGUUCCGUUCCAUCCAGACAACUUAUUAAGAACGAUUUUUCAAUAUUCAAUAUAAAAAAAUUUGACGUGUUAUAAUGAUGAAGAGAUAAGUAAUAAAAUAUGAAAUAUGUAUAUUUUUCGUAUUCUUACAUUAACAGUAGGUUUUUAUGUUGAUUACGACGUUUAAAGGAAACUAAUAUUAACACUCAUCAAUAAGUAGUCAUGAAUUGGAACAAGAAUAAAUUUAAAAAAAUUGAAAAAGUAAAUAGCACUAGUUCGCGAAAACCAACUUUCCGCACGAUAAACAGCUACGUAAAGUAGCACUUUUUGAGCAACUGUAUUAAAAUAGUACAUUUUACAACUAGUGUGAAAAGGUGAAAAGAAUGUCUUUCUACCACUAGUACCGAGGUAUCUUGCCACGAGCUGAAAGCGAGUGGCAAGACUCGGUACGAGUGGUAAAAAGACAUUUCACACGUGUUGUAAACGACGUUUUUUAAUACAAUUGCGAAAAAAUAAUAAAUUAAUAUAUCAUUAGUAGAGUCAUACCACCAAACCAAACCAAAACCAAAAGUACCUAUACAGCUAAGAUACGCGAGCUGCCGCAGCCCGCGAUACCUUCAUACUCGUGCGCGCCCCGCGGGCCCGGCGUGGGUUGGUCAACGACACCUCCUCAUAACUCAUGAGGCCCUGGUACCUGCUCCGCGCUAAAUUCAAUUUUAACUGCGUUUCGAAAGUAUAGUUUGGAACUAAAAAUUAAAAAGCACUAGUUCGAGAAAUUGAGCUUCUCGCACGCUACGCAGCCACAAAAAGUACCACUUUUUGAGCAACUGUAUUAAAAAAAAAAAAUUUAUGUUUUUCAAUGGUGUCAAAUCUUGGCGGCUCCACUUUUUAAAUCAAUCCUAAGGACCAAUCCUGCCAAAGGAAACGCUGUAUGUUAUCGGCUACAACGGCCACUAUAUUCGUUACCGGACCGGGGAUGAGAAAGUGAUUGGCUGUCCUAUCGAAUAUUUUCAAAAACACACUGAUGUUAGAUCCCGUGUGAAUUACGCAGGUUCUAUUCCUUCCGUUCCUCUGGCUUUCCAGCUAUAUUCACUUGUUGCUAAUCUUUUGCGGUAGAUCAUCUCCCAAAAUUGCCUUAUAUCCAGAGGAAACUCGUUUUUGGAACGAAUGUAGUAGUCUAAUAAUGAUAUAAAUCGCAAACAUCACGUAUUUUAGGGUAGACGGAUAAUCGCUCUGAUGGAAUAAGGUUUUCAAAAGCGUAAAGUUACCAUGAAAACAAAAGUUCGGUAAAAGCAUAUGUCAUUAUAAUUUACUUUA